UGCAUUUGCUCGCGCUCACCAACCGAGCUGAAUGUAUAAAUAUGAUAUUUCAAAAAUUACAGACAUCAGUUGUGCUCUGAGUCCACUGAAGCGAAUACAAAGCCGCAAACAAAAAAUCCAAAAUGAAAUUCUUCAUUGUAAUCCUUGCUGUUGUUGCACUGGCAUACGCCGAAGAUGAUUGGGUGCCAAAAAAUGCUGCCGAAAUCAAAGUUAUCCGCCAGGAAUGCUUCAAGGAUUUCCCACUCAGCGAGGAAUACAUCCAGAAGAUGAAGAGCUUUGAAUACCCCGAUGAAGAACCAGUGCGCAAGUACUUGCUUUGUACCGCUAAGAAAUUGGGUGUCUUCUGCGAACAUCAAGGUUAUCAUGCCGAUCGUGUUGCCAAGCAAUUCAAAAUGGAUUUGGAUGAGGCUGAGGUUCUCGCCAUCGCUGAGGGUUGUGUGGACAAGAAUGUGGAGGGCAGCAGCGCUGAUGUGUGGGCCUACCGUGGACACAAGUGUCUGAUGGCCAGCAAGAUCGGCGAUCGUGUGAAGGCUUACAUCAAGAAGACCGUAGAAGAAGCAAAGAAACAAUAAAUUACUAUACAGUAACGCCAUUCGAUAAAACAAUAAAGUAUAUUUCUUUAAGUAUUAUAAA